AUGGCAAGCAACGAAGACACAGACGAUCUGUACGCUGAUCUCUACGGCGCAGAUGGCUCGGGAGAGGGUCUCGGCGCCGGCGCUGGCGGCGAUGAUUACGCUCAACCAAAUGACGAGCAGGACCUCAUCGGAUACGAAGAAGAGGAUCACAACAACAAAGCCGACAGCAACGACAAGUUGGAAGAAAAGCCCGCACCGGCUUCUAGCUCUGGCGCCUCGUUCAUUCCUCCUCCAUCGUCGUCGUCAUCUUCCGCUCCUGCGCAAUCGGCUGAGACGGGUCUGCAGAUCAAAGGAAGCUUCAUCCCUCCGCCGGCGGCCAGCUCUACUUCUCACUCGCUCAGUGAUGUGAGGGACCUGACGCCAGCCAGUCACAAUGAUGCUUCCGGCAAUCAACAGUCCGCUUCGUACCAGGCGCAAGCAGCAGACGGCCGUAACGACGCACAGAACGGUGGAGCUGAGGGCAUCGAAGGCUUGGACAAUCGAUCAGUCAUGCCUCACGAGAUGCCUGAAGAAGGGAAAAUGUUUGUCGGCGGGCUGAACUGGGACACUACCGAAGAUUCGCUGCGACGCUACUUCUCGCAGUUCGGCGAGGUCGGUAACUGCACCAUCAUGCGCGACAACAUGACGGGCCGUUCACGAGGGUUCGCUUUCCUCAACUUUGUCGAUCCCAAAGCGGUCAACACGGUCAUGGUUCGCGAGCACUAUCUCGAUGGAAAGGUGAUUGAUCCCAAGCGAGCCAUCCCGCGUCCGCAGCGCGACAACAACUACAACAACCAUCAGAACAGCGGUCAAACCCACGGCAACUACGGCGGCGGCGGCGGUGGAGGAGGAGGAGGAGGAGGAGGUUACUCUGCCCAUAGCCAGAAGCUCUUCGUCGGCGGGUUGCCCCCCUCGGUGACGCCAGCGUCGUUCCGGAUGUUCUUUGAGCAGUUUGGCACUCUGACCGAAUGCACUUGCAUGAUGGAUCGCGAGACGGGCAAACCGCGCGGAUUCGGCUUUCUCACUUACCAGGACGACGCUGCGCUGCAGCACGUGCUCAACACUCGGCCAAUCGUGUUUGACGGCAAGGAGGUCGACGUCAAGCGGGCACAAUCCAAGAACGAUCCGCAGUCGCUGCAGAUCCGACGCCAGCAGAGGGUCGAUGAACCGGACUCGGCCAUGGGCGGCAUGGGCAUGCAGCAGGGUGGAGGAGGUGGACGCUAUGCGAUGGGCAACAACUACAACGCUGGCGGCGGCGCCGGCGGCAACUUUGGCGGCAACAACGCAUGGGCAAUGAACCCGAUGAUGAUGGGCAUGGGAGGUGAUCCGAAUGCCAUGGCUCAGAUGUAUCAGAACAUGGGGUGGGGCAACCAAAACUGGAACCCGCAGAUGGCGUGGCAGCAAAUGAUGGCCAGCAUGGCGGGCCAAGCGGGCAACGCCGGUGGCGCGGGCAUGGACGUGGGUGCGAUGAUGAACAGCAUGGGCAUGGGAGGCAUGGGCAUGAUGGGUGCUGGCAUGGGCAACAUGAGUCCGCCUAUGAACAGCUCGAUGAGUCCCAACAUGCAGUCUGCAACCGCCUCUUCGGGCCCGAAAGCGUCUUCCAACAAUGGCGACGACCGCACCGACCGCAGUGGCUCUGCGAGCGCACCGUCGUCGUCGCGGUACCAGCGUGCCGGAAGCUACAACAGCAACAACAACAAUAAUGGCGGUAGUGGUGCGCGUCCGCCCACUGGACCAAGGCACGAUCGCGAAAGGUCGCCUAACAGAGGAGGCGAUGGCGGAUUCCGAAGAGAACGCAGCCCCAACCGUCGUGACGGACGUUACGACAACGGCAGCCGCAACCGAUACUGA